GGUUCUGGGAACCUGACUGCGUGACUUAAGGUUACAAUGACGUCAUACCCGGUACAUCCCGCAGAAUACACCCCAUAAAAGUCCGAGAAAUUCCUGAAACACGCUGUUAAAAAUUCCGAUCACCACAAACAUGGUUAUAAGAAGAGAAUUCCGGAUUGUUCUACCAUUGACUGUGGAAGAGUACCAGGUUGCUCAGCUGUGGGCUGUUGCCGAAGCAAGCAAGAAUGAAACGGGGGGCGGGGAAGGCAUUGAAGUCAGGGAGAACCAUCCCUAUGAGACGGAGUCGGGAGAGAAGGGCCAAUACACAAACAAAAUCUACCAUCUAAAGUACAAAGUUCCGGUGUUUAUCAGAACAUUGGCACCAGCGGGGGCUCUGGAGAUGGUAGAAGAGGCUUGGAAUGCAUAUCCAUACUGCAAAACAGUCAUUACCAAUCCUGAUUACAUGGGAAAAGAAAAGAUGUCCCUGACAAUUGAAACAUGGCACAAGCCAGACAGAGGAGAGCUACACAAUGUUCACAAUUUGCCCCCUGAAAAGUUAGCGAAGCGAGACGUUAUAAAUAUUGAUAUAGCACACGACAAGAUCAAAGAUAGCGACUACAAACCAGAAUUUGAUCCAAAGAAAGUUGCUUCUGCCAAACUGAAUCGAGGGCCUCUUACAGACCCUAACUGGCGAAAAACCUGUGAACCUCAUAUGUGUGCGUACAAGCUGGUGACCAUCGAGUUUAUAUGGUUUGGUCUGCAGGGGAUGGUGGAAAGCUGGGUCCAAACGGCGGAGAGAAAGGUCUUCACAAACUUCCAUCGCCAGGUGUACUGCUGGAUGGACAAGUGGGCGGGUCUGACCAUGGAAGAUAUACGGGCCAUCGAAGACCAAACACAGAAAGAUCUCAACGAGAUGCGGAAAGGAGGGGAACUGAAAGGAACAAAGGAGAAGUGAUCACCGGCUUUCUUCUUAGACGACUCGCCAUAUUCCAAGUGGAGAACGAUACGAGAGCGGGGUUUGCUAAUGUAAGGCCUCCAAAAUAAUGAUAUUUAAAACAA